AUGUCGAUGUUGCUCAUCGAUUUUACUAAUGCUUUUAACUUUGUAGACAGGUCUGCAUUAAUCCGGGAGGUUGGAGACAAGUUCCCAAGCAUCUCACGUUGGGUUGAGUUUUGUUAUGCCAUGCCUGCAAGGAUGUACUACAAUGAAUAUACUUUAUCUUCCUCCCAAGGGGUUCAGCAGAGCGAUUCCCUGGGACCACUACUAUUUUCCUUAACACUUCAUCCACUGGUUUGUAAGAUUGCGUCACAAUGUACUCUAGACCUUCAUUGUUGGUAUCUUGACGACGGAACAAUCGCUAGUGAUACAAUGGAGGUAUCUAAAGCCUUACAAAUCAUACAGUCGGAUGGCCCCAAUAGAGGAUUAUGCUUGAACAUCUUCAAAACUGAAUUAUUCUGGCCAACAGUAGACCCUCGAAGUACAGCAGUAGGCGUCUUUCCUAGGGGCAUUUCCAAGUCUUCUGAUGGUGUCUGGUUGCUUGGAGGUCCAGUUAGCUUGAGCAUGCAGUACUGCAACGACAUGGUCCUGGCUAGGGUCGACAAGACUACUCAUCUCAUGUAUUGUACUAAGACCCUCAAGGACCCACAAAGUGAACUCUUGUUGGUACGCAAUUGCGCAGGUGUAUCGAAGCUAUAUUUCGCAAUGCGUACGACUCAUCCCCAAGCACUGCAAGUAGCUGCAACACAGUUCGACCAAUAUUUAUUGUUGUUCUUGAGGCAUCUGAUCACAGGCGAUGAAGCCGGCUACGGACCACUACAACAUCGUAUUUCAACGCUUCCAAUCAGAGAUGGAGGACUUGGUGUUUACACCAUGCAAGACACGACUCAGUACUGCUAUCUCGCCUCAUGUCAUCAGACGCAACUUCUGCAGCACACCAUUCUGAGUACCCCUUCAGUUUCUGACUUCAGUCCCCAUUACCAGCGUGCUCUCGAUAACUUCAUGAAUUGCAAUAGAAUGGAUAAUGCACAUGAUUACCUUAAGGCCAUUCCUAUUUCCGGUCUUAAUAAAGCAAUGGGCCCUAGACAGUUUCGUUCAGUGAUUCAAUACCGUCUUGGCAUACCUUUAUUUGAAGAGGACAGUACAUGUGCUUGCUGCAAUAGGCUCACGGAUCGCUUCGGAAACCAUGCACUUCAUUGUGCCAGUGACUUUGGGCUCAAAUUCAGGCAUGACUUAGUAAUAGAUCUUUUUGCUGAUUUGUGCUAUAAAGCAGGUGUCGCGGCUAGGAAAGAAGCAGUUUUUGGGUGUUUAUCGAACAAGGCUAAUGCUCAACGACCGGCCAACAUCUUAAUUUACAAUUGGGAAAACGGACGUGAUGUCUGCUUUGAUGUCACUAGUGUGUCACCCUUCGCCGGAAGUGGGUAUCGCAACUUUACGUUUGGUCAUGCCAUUGCUGCUGCCAUUACCGCAAACGAAAUAAAUACGUUGCCAGUUGUUCGACUCAUGGAUAUGGAUUUAGUGUUUUAG